CCACCUGCACCUCGAGCACGAUGCAGGACUUUAACACAAAAUGGACACAAGUCACAGUACUAGUGGUAAUCAUAGAAGUAGUAGUAGCAUUGCUGGUAGUGCCACUGGUGGUGGUAGUAGUAAUGAUGGUAACUAGUAGCAGUGGUUCUCGUGCAAGAAGUAGUAAAAGUGGGGGUAUUAGUAGUAUAAUAGUAGUAGUAGUAAUAGUGGUAGAAAUGGUAGUAUAAGUAGCAGUACUAGUAGUGUCUACAUAUUGUCAAAGCAGAGUACAAAACGUUCUAGUCGUAGUUGUAGAACGGAUUGUAGAAUUUAUAGGGGUGUCACUGGUAGUAGUAGAAGUACUGUUAUAGCAGAGCGCUACAAAAACUACCAGAAUUCCUGCCCAGAGUAAUAAUAGUAGUAGUAGUAAUAGUAACAGUAGUAGUAGUAGUAGUAGUAGUGUGCAUGCCGACUGUACAGGUACUGGAAGUGAAGUAGUUGUACUAUGAGAUGUGGUAAUCAUACAAAUAGUGUUAAUACUGUGCUAGUGGUAAUACUGUCAGAGCAGAGUAGUAGUUGAAGAACUACCCAGAGUCGUCAUCAGAAACAAAACAAGUGUCCAUCUAAGUCGUGCUAGGAGUACUGCUCGUCGUGCGUGUACCUAAUGAAGUGUCCGGCCGUCCCUCGCGCAGACGCCGUCCGUCCGUCCGUCCGUCCGUCCGUGUCGCGAGCGCCCACGAUGGGUUGCGCUUGCUGCAAACAGAAGAAGUCGGCCAAACCGGAAGCGUCCGCCUUGACCGGCGGCGCCGACGCUGCCGCGCCGUCGCUAGGCGACGCCGACGGCGCCUCGUCGGCCGGCGCGCCGCAGGGGCGCUACUGUCCGGACCCCACGCAGGCCAUACCGGACUUCAACAAGGGAUUCUCCGGCGGCGCCGUCUUCCCCAACUCCAACAUGCAACACUGGACCGCCGGAGUCACGAGCGGCGGCGUGACGCUCUUCAUCGCGCUGUACGGCUACGACGCCCGCACGGAGGACGAUCUGACCUUCCAGAAGGGGGAGAAGUUUCAGAUCAUCAACAACACCGAAGGCGACUGGUGGGAGGCUCGUUCGUUGGACACGGGCAACGCCGGAUACAUCCCGUCCAACUACGUCGCUCCGGUCGACUCCAUACAGGCCGAGGAGUGGUAUUUCGGAAAGAUGGGGAGGAAGGAUGCGGAACGACAACUGCUGGGCCACGGCAACCAGAGGGGGACUUUUCUCAUCCGCGAGAGCGAAACCACCAAAGGCGCUUACUCGCUGUCCAUCCGCGACUGGGACGACAACAAGGGAGACCACGUGAAGCACUAUAAGAUCCGCAAGCUGGACAACGGCGGCUACUACAUCACCACCCGGUCUCAGUUUGACACGGUGCAGCAGCUGGUGACGCACUACACAGAGCGAGCGGCGGGGCUGUGCUGCCGCCUGAUUGGCAGCUGCACGCGGGGCAUGCCCAAGCUGGCCGACCUAUCGGUGAAGACCAAGGACAUGUGGGAGAUUCCCCGCGAAUCCCUGCAGCUGAUUAAAAAGUUGGGCAACGGCCAGUUUGGAGAAGUUUGGAUGGGCAUGUGGAACGGGACCACCAAGGUCGCGGUGAAGACGCUGAAGCCGGGCACCAUGUCGCCCGAGGCCUUCCUGGAGGAGGCUCAGAUCAUGAAGAGGCUGCGCCACGACAAGCUGGUGCAGCUCUACGCCGUCGUGUCCGAGGAGCCCAUCUACAUCAUCACCGAGUUCAUGAGCCAAGGAAGUUUGCUGGACUUCUUAAAAGACGGCGAGGGCCAAAACCUGAAGCUCCCGCAGCUUGUGGACAUGGCGGCGCAGAUCGCGGCGGGGAUGGCCUACAUCGAGAGGAUGAACUACAUCCACAGAGACCUGCGCGCCGCCAACAUCCUCGUCGGAGACAACCUGGUGUGCAAGAUCGCGGACUUCGGCCUGGCCAGGCUCAUCGAGGACAACGAGUACACCGCCAGACAAGGGGCCAAGUUCCCCAUCAAAUGGACGGCGCCGGAAGCGGCGCUGUACGGACGCUUCACCAUCAAGUCGGACGUUUGGAGCUUCGGCAUCCUGCUGACCGAGCUCAUCACCAAGGGACGCGUGCCCUACCCAGGCAUGAACAACCGCGAGGUGCUGGAGCAGGUGGAGCGGGGCUACCGGAUGGCCUGCGCCCCGGGCUGCCCCGCAUCGCUCCACGAGCUCAUGCUGCAGUGCUGGCGGCGCGAGGCUGACGAGAGGCACACCUUCGAGUACCUGCAGUCCUUCCUGGAGGAUUACUUCACCGCCACCGAGCCGCAGUACCAACCCGGCGAGAACCUGUGACAACGCGCACGCACGAGAACUCACGGAACAAAACAAACAUUAGAACAACCGCUGCCUUUUCCCGCAACCUUUCGGGACGGACGAGGAAUCGCGCUUGGACCUCGGCCGAUCGAGCCCUGCAGUGAUGUUGCUUUACUCGGUAACCAUGACAACAAGGAAGACGAUGUAGAUGGUUGGGGAGGAGGGAUGCAACUUGCCACAUGAUCCUCUCUUCUUCCUCAGCCGCCAUAUUUGGUUUGUUCCAUCCAUUCCAGCCUCUUCGGCAUCCAUCCGGACUGAUCAUCCUGUUUUGACAGAGCAAACAUUAUGAAGCAUUUGUGUGUGUGUGUGUGUGUGUGUGUGUGUGUGGAUAGAUUAUAACAGUGGUUCAGUAUAACUGAGGUCCCCAGGCAAUAAUUAAAUGCAAUAAAUUAUUAUGUCGUGCCAAUAAAACAAACUUAAUAAACCAAUUACUGCUCUCUAGGUUAGUUUUGGCCAGCUAAAAACUGUGAAAUGAUUAUGACGUACAGUAUCAUCACGUAAAUCUGACAUCCCUGCAUGUAUACAUACAAAAGGAGUAUUAUUACUGGAAUACAUUUUUUUUUUUUUUAUCGAGAACUAAAGGUGUAUUUUUUAAGAACAUAGUCCUAUUUUUUCCUUUGUAAAGGUUUGAGAACCCUGGGAUUUGACGUCACAAAUUCAAGAGGAUUACUUGAACACAUCAGUGAGUUCUGGUGUUAACAGUUUUUCCAAAUCCAAGAUAUUUUACCUACAGUCGUGCCGGUGAGUCAAGAGAAAGAGACAGUGAGGAAUGACUUUGAUAUUUUGUAUGAGCUGUCUUUUAGAGGUUUUUAAUUUAACACAUCACAAAGACUAUAUCUAUAGCAAAGUCAGCAUUUAUUCAUUCAUACAUUGGGAGGGCAGCGUGAAAGCACAAAAAGGGAAAUGUCAUACUUCUGGACUUUUUUAUUGUACCCUUUUUAUGUUGACUUUAACCCUGUCAUGUUUGUUGUAAUAAAGAUCAGAUAUAUUUGGA